CAGAAGCCUUUCUGUUGUGAUGUAUGUGGACAAAGAUUUAGCCUUAAAUCACAUUUAAAGAGACACAUGAGAAUCCACACAGGACAGAAGCCUUUCUGUUGUGAUCUAUGUGGACAAACAUUUAGCCAAAAAGCACAUUCAAAAACCCACAUGAGAAUCCAUACAGGACAGAAGCCUUUUUGUUGUGAUCUAUGUGGGCAAAGAUUUAGCCAAAAAUCACAUUUAAGCACACACAUGAGAAUCCAUACAGGACAGAAGCCUUUCUGUUGUGAUCUAUGUGGACAAAAAUUUAGCGUUAAAUCACAUUUAAACAGACACAUGAUAAUCCACACAGGACAGAAGCCUUUCUGUUGUGAUCUGUGUGGACAAAGAUUUAGUCGAAAAGCACAUUUAAAAACACACAUGAUAAUCCAUACAGGACAGAAGCCUUUCUGUUGUGAUCUAUGUGGACAAAAAUUUAGCCGAAAAGCACAUUUAAAAAUACACAUGAUAAUCCAUACAGGACAGAAGCCUUUCUGUUGUGAUCUAUGUGGACAAAAAUUUAGCCAAAACGCAACUUUAAACACACACAUGAGAAUCCAUACAGGACAGAAGCCUUUCUGUUGUGAUCUAUGUGGACAACGAUUUAGCCGAAAAUCAAAUUUAAAUACACACAUGAGAAUCCAUACAGGACAGAAGCCUUUCUGUUGUGAUCUGUGUGGACGAAGAUAUGGCCAUAAAUCAACUUUAAACAAACACAUCAGAAACCAUACUGGAGGGAAAAUGGUUCUGCUAUGAAUACUAAUUCAAACUGCACAGCUCUAGUUUGCUGUGAGAUGUUAGUGUGUUUUCUUUGAAGGCAGGAAUCUUCACUUGCUAGUUUCGACAUUUCUCUUGUAGCUAUUUUUUUUAAUUGGUCUUAAAGCAUUUCAGGUUUUUUACUGUAGUGAAUUUGUUUAGACUGAACUGUAGCACAGGUGUAUUCUCAGUCUACGCAAGCCGCCCUAACCACUCGGCCCACCCUCGUAGGCUGUGAGAUUUCUUUAAAGUUGUAUGAUGUUUUUCUCACCUUUAGGAAGGGCAAAAAUAAACAUAAGCUUUUUUUCCUUUCUGCUCGACAUGAAAUCUGAAUAAGCUUUUCCUGUCUUUGCUUCAUUGGAUUACCAAAUUUAUUUCUAUUUCGUAAAUGCCAGAAUGAGUGACAUUUUUAUAGACAUUAUUUUAUUACUUUCUUCAAGUUCUGAGGUUUACUUACAUUUUUGUCAAUAUUUGGUACCUUUGCCUUUAAACUGUAUGACUUGGGUCAAACAUUUUGUAUAUCCUUCCACAAGCUUCUCACAAAAGUUGCCAGGAACUUUGGCCCAUUUCCCCUGACAGAACUGGUGUAAUUAAGCAAAGUCUGCAUGUCGCCUUGCUCGCAUAUGCCUUUUCAGCUCUGCCUUGCCUGUUUUACUGAGCUAAGUUUCCAAGUUGUCCUGCUAGCACACACCUUAUUGGCUCUGCCUGUAAAUUUUCAACAGAAUUGAGAUCAGGGCUUUGUGAUGACCACUCCAAAACUUUGACUUUGUUAUCUUUAAGCCACUUCGUAACCAGUUUGGUUGUAUGCUUUAGGUCACUGUAUUUUAGGAAGUCCCAUGUGCGCUCAAGCUUCAACUUUCUUGGUGAUAUCUUGAGAUGUUGCUUCUAUAUUUCCACAUAAUGUUCUUUAGUUAUGAUGCUAUCUAUUUUGUGAAGUGCACCAAUCCCUCAUGCAACAAAAUAACCCCAGUUUUGAUCAUGUUCUGAGGCUUGAAAGCUUCCCCCUUCUUCUUCCAAAUGUAACAAUGGUCAUUUAGGCCAAACAGUUACAUUUUUGUUUCAUCAGGCCAAAAUUGCCAGGUGUGAUGUGA